CUUCUUCUUCUUCUCCCCUCUUCCCUCUUCUUCCUCCUCCUUCUCUUCUUUUCUUUGCUUCUCUCUCCGGCCGUCGCUUUCGCUUCACCCACACGUUUUCAAGUAUAUAUAAACGCGUGUGGGCCAUUAUUCAUCAUCAUGGAUUCUUCUUCCUCUUCCUCUUCUUCCUCUUCUUCCAACGGUGUUUCUCGUGUCAGCCAUAUAUCUAAUCCUUGUAUCUUCGGGGAAGUUGGGUCGUCCUCUUCGUCAACAUACAGAGAGAAGAAAUGGAAGUUGAUGAAAUGGGUGAGUAAGCUUUUCAAGAGUGGCUCUAAUGGUGGUGGUGCUACUCGCGCUAAUCACCAUCCUCCUCAGUUUCAAGAAGACGAGAAUAUGGUCUUUCCUCUACCUCCUUCCUCUUUGGACGAUCGGUCGAGAGCUGCACGGGACAAGGAAGAACUAGACCGAGCAAUUUCACUUUCUCAAGCUGACGAUACGAAGCGCCCUCAUGGGUAUGGUUGGUCAAUCGAUAAUAACCGAGGUUUUCCCAGGCCUUUUCACGGUGGCUUGAAUCCAUCAUCUUUCAUUCCUCCUUAUGAACCUUCUUAUCAAUGCAGACGAAGACAAUUAAGCAGAAUAUGCGGUGGUUGUAAUCGCGAUAUUGGAAUGGGGAACUAUCUAGGAUGCAUGGGCACAUUCUUUCAUCCUGAAUGCUUCCGUUGCCAUUCUUGUGGUUACGCAAUCACCGAGCAUGAGUUCUCUCUGUCAGGAACUAAACCCUAUCAUAAGCUUUGUUUCAAAGAGCUUACUCAUCCCAAAUGCGAAGUCUGUCACCAUUUUAUCCCAACUAAUGAUGCUGGCUUGAUCGAGUAUCGAUGCCAUCCGUUUUGGAAUCAAAAGUAUUGCCCGUCUCACGAAUACGAUAAAACAGCUCGUUGUUGUAGCUGCGAGCGUUUGGAGUCAUGGGAUGUGAGAUAUUACACGUUAGAAGAUGGGAGAAGUUUAUGCCUAGAAUGUAUGGAAACGGCAAUAACUGACACUGGAGAUUGUCAACCACUUUACCACUCAAUACGAGACUAUUACGAAGGAAUGUACAUGAAACUUGAUCAACAGAUUCCUAUGCUUCUUGUUCAAAGAGAAGCUCUUAACGAUGCUAUUGUUGGAGAGAAAAACGGAUACCAUCACAUGCCUGAGACAAGGGGUUUAUGUUUGUCUGAAGAACAGACUGUCACAAGUGUUCUUAAAAGACCGAGACUUGGCGCUCACCGUCUUGUUGGUAUGAGAACUCAGCCUCAAAAGCUAACACGCAAAUGUGAAGUCACUGCUAUUCUCGUUCUUUACGGCCUCCCAAGGUUACUAACCGGAGCAAUUCUUGCGCACGAGCUGAUGCAUGGAUGGCUUAGGCUCAAAGGCUAUAGGAACCUUAACCCCGAGGUAGAGGAAGGAAUAUGCCAAGUCCUCUCUUACAUGUGGCUUGAAUCUGAAGUUCUCUCAGAUCCUUCAUCAAGAAACUUGCCAUCAACAUCAUCGGCCACGUCAUCAUCAUCAUCAUCAUCAUCGUCUUCUUACAAGAAAGGAGGGAAAUCAAACGUGGAGAAGAAACUUGGAGAGUUCUUUAAGCAUCAGAUAGCUCAUGACGCAUCUCCGGCUUAUGGAGGAGGUUUCAGAGCAGCAAAUGCAGCAGUUUGUAAGUACGGUCUGCGUCGCACACUCGAUCAUAUCCGCUUCACCGGAACUUUUCCUUUGUGAACUUAUCAAUGACACUCACAAUAUUUAAUGUUCUGUGCUAUCUUGCUAUGGUCUUGAUUUGGAUUGGAUGGAUCACACAAAGGUUUGUUUUAACUUUGAAUAGACUACUCAGGACAGACUUUGUCUCCCCAUUGAUUUUGAAUGGGGAGAUUUGUUG